AUGUCAAUUUACCCGGCAGAAAAUCAGCCACAGCUAAAAACGAACAUGUUUCCUAAUAAAUCAAGACAAAACCCCAAAGACACUGAGAAACAUUACCAAAACUUUUUGCCCAACACCACUUCCAGUUUUAGAAAGAAUAGAUAUCCAGAGGUCGUGAGUAGGCUGGACCACACAGAGGCGCCCCGGUUAAACAGAGCGUCAGGGUUGAAAUCUGAUCCCAAAUACUCACCUUUGUGCGACAGUAGCAGGGACCAACGAGCCAGUAUCAAGUCAAAGGAAUCUGGCAUCAGCACAAAAGGAAAGGAUUCAAAUAGAACAGACAAGGGGCCAGUUAUAGAAAUAGAUUGCUCAGAUGAUGAGGAAGUGCAGUCAGAUAUGUGUGCUAGCAGUGCUACUGCACUGAGUGAUGAUGCAGGUGGCUUUAUACGUAAUGACAUACCCAAUGUGGAAGUACAUACUAAGUCCAAACCAGGU